CAGCAGACUGGAGCUGGAACAGAUAUUUUGGCUUUUUACAUCUGCAGCAAUGACUGCCUUGCCGACAAGCGAUCCUGGGAACUUCAGCAGCAAUGAGACAACAAAUAACUCUUCCUGUCAAUACAAUGACCCAAUCAUUUUCACUGUGCUUCCAGUGUAUGUCAUGGUCAUCAGCGUGCUGGGAAUAAUCAUGAAUGUGUUUGUACUGCUGGUUUUCUGGCUCCACAAGAAGGCCUGCACCGUGGCUGAGAUAUACCUGUGCAACCUGGCUGCUGCAGAUCUCCUCCUUGCCGCCUUCUUGCCCUUCUGGGCCAAGAAUAUCGCUAAUCAGUACAACUGGCCAUUCAAUGAUCACCUGUGCAAAGUUGUCAAUGCUGCAAUUUUCAUGAAUGUCCACAGCAGCAUAUACUUCCUCGUCAUGAUCAGCAUCGACCGUUACCUGGCGCUGGUGCACCCGCUUUCUCAUCAAAGUCUGCGGAGGCCGCGUACCGCAAAGCUUGUGUGCUUUGUGGUCUGGAGUCUGGCCCUGGUGUUGACCUGCCCUAUGAUCAUCUAUAGGGAAGUGCUACAUUCCCCCCAGAAAACGAUAUGUGUGUUCAACAUCCCACAUUCUCUUCUUUACAAUGGAAUAAUGAUCAUUCUCAACUUCAUCAUCCCCACUGGCUUCAUUUUAUACUUCACUGUAAAAAUCCUGAAGGCUUUGGGGAACAGGUUAUCAACGAAAAUGAUUUCGAACUCUCAGGCACAGGAGCAGAAGGCCACCACACUGGUCCUAUCCGUCCUUCUGGCAUUUUUGAUUUGCUGGGUGCCAUACCAUGUCAUUAAGAUAAUAACCAUGUUUGUCAACCUUUAUGAAGUGGGAGGAUGUCAGUUUGUCAUCAACCUGAGCAUCUGCAGAAACAUUUUCACCUAUUUUGCUUUCUUUAAUAGUGUAUUGAACCCUAUUCUCUAUGUCAUUGUGGGCAAAAAAUUCCAGAAGAAAGCUAAGGAACUUUUCACACUUCGGUGUGACAAUAAAUACCCAGUGACCUUCAGUCUCAUUUCUCAACGCCAAUCAAGAAGUGAUACCACAAGAGUUACUCCAGACUGAUCAGAUCUGAUCAAAUAUUUAGGAUUUGUCGCUGUUGAGUACCGCGGCAAUGAUGAACAACUAACUCACGAAAAGUUAGGGACAGUGAGCUUUUGGGUGAAAUUUCACUUUCUGUCACAGUGUUUCCUUUCUGUCUCUGAACUUUUGAAUGCACUUGUCAAAUUAUUGACUGUUUUAAUACUGUAUGAUUCAUGGACCAACAAAUUUCCUACUUCAAUUAGAAUUGGCAUUGAAACAGUGUUUCUCAUCAUGCCGUUCACAUUUUUACACCAUGAGACCACGACCGCACUUUACAUUUGAUCAACAGUACCUCGUCGAAGCAGGGCUUCAAACAAAAUGUUGUCAAAAAGAACAGAGCGCUAUUCAUCAGCCACUGUAGUCACUAGACGAGGGUUUGGUGAUGCUGGUGUAGAGAUGUGAACAAGUGUGUGUAAUCCAGCGAUGUCAAACCCAUUUUAGUUCAGUGGCCAAAUUCAGUCCAGUAUCAUCUUGAGUCUGCUGAACAGGUAAAAUAGUGGCAUGAUAACCUGAAAAUGUAAAGUUUUCUUUGUUGUUCAAAUGUUAAAAAGUCACAAAACAAAACAAUUACUGUGAAAAUUACUACAAUUUGAACAUGCAGACAAUUUUAAUAUCUUCUGGUGCAAAACACUGUGUAAUUUCAGAUAGAGUUCUUCUGUUACAUUCUCCUUUUAUAUUUGGUAGCUGGGCAUCAAGGCAGCAUCACUGAUAUCUCAGCUCCCAACAAAACUGUCCAAAGUGGAUGGUUUCUUUGGAAUUUUUUUUCAUUUUUAUUUUUUAUUUGGAGCCUCUUCCAUACUGGCUCUGACCCAUGGGCCUCAUGUUAAAUUCAUCUUUAAGAAGGACAAUGGCCCGGCCCCCGGCUCAUCGGGAUGAAAUCAUUAGGGAAAUGCUGCUGGAAACUGGGAGUGCCAUAGAAAAUCUCUGAGAACUGCUGAGUCUCCAUGUCGAGGCUCGUACCCCUGUACCCCAGAACCUCAAAGGCCUGGGGGCCAGCUGUACAAGAAGAUUAGGACGCCACGCCUCAGAAGACAAUAAGUCGACUUGGGAACAGCAGGAGACGUCAUCAUCAAGCGGUAACUGAGGCACAAGACACAAAAACUGACUGAAUAAAAUGUGGACUCAUAGACCCUUGUCCCUGAACAGUAAGGGAAAUACACAGCCAGCUUUUAAAGAUCUGAUUUGUCAGUUCACUUCAUAGAUUGGCCUAAAUCUUUCAUUGUCAUCUUAUUUUGUGAAUAUUAUGAUAUCCUGCUGAGAUUUCUACUUCUGCUCCAGCUUGAGUUUCCAAUAACAAUUUUCCAUCCUCCACAUGCUUCCUGUUAUGAUGAUGCUGCAUAUUUAUACUGCACUGAUGUUGAGUUUCAGGUUACAGGUUUAAUGGGCACAAACACAGUGGCAUUAAUGUACAAAAGACCUGAAUGUAAAAUCUGUGUUUCAGUUAGGUCAGUCUUAAUGAAUCAUUUUGUGAGAUAUCGCACACGUGUGUUUGUGCAUUUCUGUGGAUCUCCAUCUGUGUUGUUGUCAGUUUUACACACAUUAGACUUCUAGUUAUUCUUUUUUUUUCUCCAUCAUAUUAGAAUGUUCAAUGAAAUGUGUUCUGUUUUUGCCUGGCGCCCACAGAUUGCCUUGAAACAAUAUUAUAAGAAACAUAUUUAACAUUGUCUCUGGUCCAUCUCUGUUCAUUUCUGUCCAGGUCUCCCUGCUGCACUCAGCAUCAAUUCAGUGUAGUGCUGUAUCCUACUUUGCCAUUAGGGGGCACUACAAGCUUCAGGAUUGUGUGAGAUGCAGACAUGUUUCACAAUCAGGGGCCAACAUCGCCCUCACUUGGAAACUCAUGGGACACAUUUUCUUCAUCAAGGCAUGUUUCCAGUCACUCAGAGCACUUCCUUUUCCCCCCCUUUUUUCUCCACCACACUGUUUUUCCGCUGAGGACUUUACUGGAGACUGAGCUCAACUUGAGGCUAAAUAAUGCAAUGGAGGAAAGAUGCAGUGAUGGAUUAUGGAAAGCAAGAUCAUCUGUAGAAGAUCCAUUGUUCUACUUGCAACUUAAAAUAGCAAACAUUUAUUUUACUGUCUCACAUUAGAUAUAUAUAAUCUCCACUGGUUUAUACUCAGCUCCAAAAAUGAAUUAAUAAUAGUUGUUGUAAUCUUUACACCGUUCAUAUACAGGACUGGACUGGGAUAAAAAUGGGACGGCAUUUUGAGCCGUGACUGAUCCACCAGGUAUUGAUGGAAAGAUGAAGCCUAUGGAUGCUAACAAACUGUCUUGUGACAGAGCUUGUGCACGCUCUUG